GGGACAGGCGGCACUUCCGGGACGGCGUUUCAUUGAACGUUGGGGUGGCGGUAGGCUCUCAACUAGAGUUCGCCCUUUGCGAUGAGAAGUAAACACUACGCCUCAAAGUUCCGCUUUACUUCGAGGUAUAGGAUUUGUUUUUAGACAAAACGUGUUUCCUGUCCGCGGCUGUAUUGUUUUGCGCUUCUGUUCAAGAUCCUGUGAUGACGGGUCCUUGCCAAUGGGUGUGAGCCGACUCGAUGUACUCUACAGAAAGCUCCUCCUCACUAAGCUCUUCAUGCAGGGCUGGGGGAAGCCGGAGGACCUGAAAAGAAUAUUUGAGUUCCGGAAGCUCAUAGGAGACAGAGAGAAGUGUAAGCACCUGGUACCACGAGACUAUCCGGUGGUUAUUGACAAGGUGGAGGAACAGUCAGACUGCAGAAUUCACAAUGGACAUUUCAUAUCUCCACUGGCUCAGCUCGUGCCAGGCAUCCUGCCAACAGAGUCCGUCAAGGCCAGCUUUCAGUUUAUAGUGCCCAAACGAUGGCGGAAGCACAGACCGGUGUGUAUCCACUUAGCCGGAACGGGAGAUCACUUUUUCUGGAGGAGGCGAACCCUCAUGGCCAGGCCCAUGAUCAAAGAGACGGGAAUGGCCUCGCUGCUGCUGGAGAACCCUUAUUAUGGAUGCCGAAAGCCUAAAGACCAAGUGCGUUCCAGUCUGAAAAACGUGUCGGACCUCUUCGUGAUGGGUGGCGCGCUCGUCCUGGAGUCCGCAGCUCUACUUCACUGGCUGGAGAGGGAGGGCUACUGGCCACUGGGCAUGACUGGCAUCUCUAUGGGAGGCCAUAUGGCGUCUUUAGCUGUGACAAACUGGCCCAAGCCAAUUCCUCUGAUUCCCUGUCUCUCCUGGAGUACUGCUUCCAGUGUUUUUACCACAGGGGUUUUAAGUAAAGCUGUAAACUGGAGAGAGCUUCAGAAGCAGUAUGCUGCACAAACAGUGUAUGAAGAGGAGAUCGUCCACAUGCUGGAGUAUUGUGGGACAGACUCAUUCCGCAUGGGCCAGGAUUUGGUGCGCGACGCCCCAGGCAGCUUGGACCGCCUCUCGGACCUGACCCUGACCCUUGGACAGAGCGGGCCUGCGCGAGUGCGGCUGGGCCUACGCAGCAGGGUCAGUGGGGGACAGAGUAGCCAUGGCGACGUGGAGCACGUGUUGUCCGCUGCGGGCACCGCCAGCGCCAAGGGUGCCAGGUCCUUGCAACGGGAGUCUCUGAGCUUCAUGAAGGGGGUCAUGGAUGAAUGCACGCACAUCGCCAACUUCUCAGUGCCGGUGGAUCCCAGCCUGAUCAUCAUCGUGCAGGCCAAAGAGGACGCAUACGUCCCUCGCGCCGGCGUGCGCAGCCUACAGGAGAUCUGGCCCGGCUGUGAGGUGCGCUACCUGGACGGAGGACACAUCAGCGCCUACCUGUUCAAGCAAGCUCUCUUUAGGAAAGCCAUUUAUGAUGCCUUCAGCCGGUUCCUUCAGAAGUACCCUGCACUGUAGCCACAGGCCCUCCAACACUGACCAUCAGUGAGACAGGUGCCAAUCUGAGUCAGUCACAGGAGCAAAGAAACUUGAAUGUAACGUCUAACGCACCACAACUCUCAGGGGACUGCAUAACUGAAAGCAUGUCCUGUAGUGCUGCUAAAGACGGUAGGGGAGGGUUGUCUUUACACAAAAACAGAGAGGUUUAUAGACAUUUACGCACCAGAUUGUACGGUACAACCUCUUGGUAUGGCAGCUGCAAACUACCACGGCCCUUUCUUACUGAAACGUAUUUCACCUUCACUCACACCAUCAAUCAAAAAAAGGAUAAUGAGGUUCAUGACGCCUUUAAUGUACUUAAUACUUUUUUGGAACCAUGCGCUUUCAUGUAUUACAGAAACUCAACAAAUCACUGCCAAAUCUGCGGUAGCGUGGACAUGCCGCGUUAGUCAUAGCAUAGAUGGUACAGUAAGGCUUCUUUAAUCCAGUGUGGACCUAAAACAUCCUCGACUUAGUCUCAGCCUUAUCCCUAAUCACUUCGUGUCUGUUCCAACGCUAAAAUAAAAAGGAUAUUUCUGAGACUUA